AUGGCCCAGCAAAAUGUACGCCUCAACUUUCCCCCAUCACCCCGCAUUCAUCAAGGUGGGAUGCACAUGCAGUCGCAGUCAGAUUAAUUCUCCGCAACUAGAACCCAUCGUUCGUCCUCGAGAAAGCCGGGAGCGUCAAAUACGAAGACCGCCCCAUCCCCACCCUCAAAUCUCCCCACGACGUCAAGAUCAAUGUCAAAUUCACCGGAAUCUGCGGCAGCGAUGUUCACUAUUGGGUCCAUGGCGCCAUCGGCCACUUCGUCGUCAAAUCGCCCAUGGUGCUGGGCCAUGAGAGCAGCGGCAUCGUCACUGAAGUAGGAGACCAAGUCAAGAGUUUGAAAGUGGGAGACAGAGUAGCGAUGGAGCCCGGCAUCCCGUGCAGGAGAUGUGUGAGGUGUAAGGAAGGGUAUUAUAAUCUGUGUCCGGAUAUGGCAUUUGCUGCUACGCCGCCUUACGAUGGUACCUUGGCGAAGUAUUACGUCUUGCCGGAGGAUUUCUGUUAUAAGUUGCCGGACCAUGUUUCGUUGGAAGAGGGAGCUUUGGUGGAGCCUUUGAGUGUUGGCGUACACAUUGUCAAACAAGCAGACAUGAAGCCCGGAAGCAAUGUAGUUGUCUUUGGUGCGGGACCCGUCGGAUUACUCUGCUGUGCCGUUGCAAGGGCAUUCGGCGCCCUCAAAGUUGUAGCGGUGGAUCUAAACGAGGAGAGACUAAACUUCGCAUCCAAGUAUGCUGCUACGCAUACUGUGGUCUCGCAGAAGGAAUCUCCGGAGGACUCGGCAGCUCGCAUUAACAAAGCCGCCGAUCUUGGACCUGGAGCCGAUGUGGUAAUCGAUGCCAGUGGAGCAGAGCCCGCGAUCCAAACUUCCAUCCAUCUCCUUCGGACCGGCGGCUCGUACGUUCAAGGUGGAAUGGGCAAGUCUGAUAUCACCUUCCCAAUCAGCGCCAUGUGCACUAAAGAGCUGAACGUGAAAGGGAGCUUCAGAUACAAGAGUGGUGACUAUCAGCUCGCGGUCGAUCUCAUUUCUAGUGGACGAGUCAGCGUCAAGGGGCUCAUCACCGGGAAGGUGAAGUUCACCGAAGCAGAGAAGGCGUUCGGCGAGGUGAAAGCCGCGCGAGGAAUAAAGACGCUGAUUGAGGGUGUGGAAGAUGGCGCUUGA